AUGACGGAGGUUGGAUGUGGCUGCCGCGGAGUUCCCGGCGGCAACUUCUUCCAUCCCAGAGGAUUCUCUUUGAAAUCUUGCUUCCUCGAGCAGAGAACGAGGAGGAAUCACAGCUUCUUCCGAAACGUCUCUUAUGUUCCCUCUUUAAAACGCGGUCGUUUAAUCACAAAACUGAGUUCCGUCUCCCGGAACAGCCGAAUCUUCAGCAUGGAUGCUCGAGAGAUAUCAAGAUCGUUUGUAUCGGUAUCAUCAAGGCACAAGAAAGUCCCUGUUUACGUGAUGAUACCUAUUGAUACGUUUGGAUUCGAUGCUUCUGGCUGCCCUAUCAUUUAA